AUCAUUAUUUUUCCUCCACGUGGCCUCUCUGUCCGCUUCCUCAUAAAUUACGAAACAUGCCCCUCUGACGAUUGAAAAACCAAAUUUACAAGGACCUAUAAAUUCAGAAACCCCAUCGGCGGCAUCCUCACCUUCAGUUUCACCAUCUCCACCCCCAUCGGAACACUUUCUGUACAGUGAGCUGAAUCGCAGAAUCGAAAUGUCGAGGUUGUCGAUCCGCUCUACAUUCGGAGCCCUAGCUCUUUUUUUCUUCUUCGCGUGCGUCUUCGCCGACGACGUCGUCGUGUUGACCGAGGAAAACUUCCAUGAAGAGGUGGGCAAGGAUCGCGGCGCUCUGGUGGAGUUCUAUGCUCCCUGGUGUGGGCACUGUAAAAAACUUGCUCCAGAGUAUGAGAAGCUUGGCGCAAGCUUUAAGAAAGCAAAAUCUAUUUUGAUCGGAAAGGUAGACUGUGACGAGCAUAAGGGCCUUUGCAGCAAAUAUGACGUUUCUGGAUACCCCACUAUUCAGUGGUUUCCUAAAGGGUCUUUGGAACCCAAAAAGUAUGAAGGCGCACGUACUGCUGAAGCACUUACUGACUUUGCAAAUACUGAAGGAGGGACCAAUGUGAAGAUUGCUACAAUCCCAUCCAGUGUACAAGUACUAACACCAGAAAAUUUUGAUGAGGUUGUCUUGGAUGAAACAAAAGAUGUUCUUGUUGAGUUCUAUGCACCAUGGUGUGGCCAUUGCAAACACCUUGCUCCUGUUUAUGAGAAAGUUGCCACAGCAUUUAAAUUGGAGGAGGGCGUUGUCAUUGCUAACAUUGAUGCCGACAAAUUCAAGGAUCUAGCUGAAAAGUAUGGUGUAAGUGGCUUUCCUACAUUGAAAUUCUUCCCAAAGGGUAACAAAGCUGGUCAAGAUUACGAUGGUGGCCGUGAGUUGGAUGAAUUUGUAACUUUCGUCAAUGAUAAGUGUGGCACUAGUCGUGAUGGAAAAGGACAACUCUCCUCAAAGGCUGGUAUUGUCACAACUUUGGAUGACUUGGUAAAGGAGUUCAUAAGCGCUAGCAAUGAGGAGAAAAAAGCAGUUUUUGCCCGGAUAGAAGAGGAAGUUGCAAAGCUGACGGGUUCAACUGCCAGGUAUGGCAAGAUCUAUCUGAAAUCAGCGAAGAACUGUCUAGAGAAAGGUUCCGAUUAUGCUAAGAAUGAAAUCCAGCGGCUCCACCGCAUGCUUGAAAAGUCAAUCAGCCCUGCAAAAGUUGAUGAGUUCACCCUCAAGAAGAACAUCCUAUCUACCUUCGCAGCUUGAUCGAGGAAGAGUUUCUUGAUCUUUUCCUCUUGCUCGGAGUUACUUGGAAUAUCAUUUCGCUGUUUGCUUCUAGUUGGGUUCUACUGCUCAUUUUUGUAUCCUUAUUCAAGUUAUUACUGCAGAAUAUGUAGACGAGAGAAGAAUGGAUGUUUUGGCAUACAAUUUAGUAAUAAUGUAAUUUUCUUGCAUAGGGGGAACUUAGAUUCAUUACUGACUUGUAUCAACCAAAGAAGAAAGCAAGGCAUGGAGAGCUACGGAUAUAUCUUCUUUAGUUUGCAUCUUUGAAACUGAAAUUUGAUCAAACACCACCUUCUCUCAUCAA